CCAAGGCUGAAUCCAGAACUCAUCAGUCCUGGGGUGACAGAGAAGGGGCCUUGGGGGAGCACUGACUCCCCUCUAACCUCUUCUUCAUUGGGUCUGUUGGCAACAAAAGAAAACUGAUUGGGAAAAUGAAGAACUUCUGGAAAAUUCCAGUUUUUUUGUUUGCGUGCAGUUUCCUAGGACCCUGGGCAUCUGCAGCUGUCAAGCGUCGCCCAAGAUUUCCUGUCAAUUCAGAUUCUAAUGGUGAAAAUGAACUGUGUCCGAAAGUCAGGAUUGGGCAAGAUGACUUACCAGGGUUUGACUUGAUUUCUCAGUUCCAGGUAGAUAAAGCAGCAUCCAGAAGAGCCAUCCAAAGAGUUGUGGGGUCAACGGCAUUACAAGUGGCUUACAAACUGGGAAACAAUGUAGACUUCAGGAUUCCAACCAGGCAUUUAUAUCCUAGCGGACUGCCUGAAGAAUACUCCUUUUUAACUACGUUUCGGAUGACUGGAAGCACGCUUGAAAAGAACUGGAACAUUUGGCAGAUUCAGGAUUCCUUGGGGAAGGAGCAAGUUGGCGUGAAGAUUAAUGGCCAAACAAAAUCUGUUGCAUUUUCAUACAAAGGACUGGAUGGAAGUCUCCAAACCGCAGCCUUUUCAAAUUUGCCCUCCUUGUUUAAUUCCCAGUGGCAUAAGAUUAUGAUUGGUGUGGAAAGAAGUAGCGCUACUCUUUUUGUUGACUGCAUCAGGAUUGAAUCCUUACCUAUAAAGCCAAGAGGCCAAAUCAGUGUGGAUGGUUUUGCUGUGCUGGGAAAACUUGCAGAUAAUCCUCAAGUUUCUGUUCCGUUUGAACUUCAAUGGAUGUUGAUACAUUGUGACCCACUGCGGCCCAGCAGAGAGACUUGCCAUGAGCUGCCAGUCAGGAUAACGCCCAGCCAGACCCUUGAUCAGAGAGGUCCCCCGGGCGAACAGGGGCCUCCGGGGCCUCCGGGGCCCCCUGGAGUUCCAGGCAUCGAUGGCAUAGACGGUGACCGAGGUCCAAAGGGUCCCCCGGGCCCCCCGGGUCCUGCUGGAGAACCGGGAAAGCCAGGAGCUCCGGGCAAGCCUGGCACGCCAGGUGCUGAUGGAUUAACUGGACCUGACGGAUCCCCUGGCUCUGUUGGACCAAGAGGACAAAAAGGAGAACCUGGUGUGCCGGGAUCUCGUGGAUUUCCUGGCCGUGGUAUUCCUGGACCUCCUGGUCCCCCUGGGGCAGCAGGUCUCCCUGGAGAGCUUGGCCGUGUUGGACCAAUUGGUGACCCUGGGAGAAGAGGACCACCUGGCCCUCCUGGCCCUCCGGGACCCAGUGGAACAAUUGGCUUUCAUGAUGGAGACCCAUUGUGUCCCAAUUCCUGUCCACCAGGUCGCUCAGGAUAUCCAGGCAUACCAGGCAUGAGGGGUCAUAAAGGGGCUAAAGGAGAAAUUGGUGAGCCUGGAAGACAAGGUCACAAGGGUGAAGAAGGAGACCAGGGUGUACCAGGAGAAGUUGGAUCUCCAGGACCUCCAGGAGCUCAAGGAUUGAGAGGCAUCACCGGCAUAAUUGGGGCCAAAGGGGAAAAAGGUGCUCGGGGCUUAGAUGGAGAACCUGGGCCUCGAGGCAUUCCUGGUGCACCUGGUGACCAAGGACAGCGAGGUGCUCCAGGAGAAGCAGGUCCCAAAGGAGACAGAGGGGCUCAAGGUCCUAGAGGAAUUCCUGGCGUCCCUGGGUCUAAAGGAGACACGGGCUUGCCAGGUGUGGAUGGCCAUGAUGGGAUACCUGGAAUACCCGGGACAAAGGGUGAUCCAGGGAAACCUGGGCCUCCUGGUGAUGCAGGAUUGCAGGGGUUUCCUGGUGUGCCUGGAAUUCCUGGUGCAAAGGGUGUUGCUGGUGAAAAGGGUAACACAGGUGCUCCAGGGAAGCCUGGUCAAUUGGGGAAUUCAGGCAAACCGGGCCAACAGGGGCCACCAGGAGAGGUGGGACCGCGAGGACCACGGGGGCUUCCUGGCAGUCGAGGAGAAACAGGACCCGAAGGAGCCCCAGGCAUUCCAGGUAAACUGGGUCCUCUUGGUAGCCCUGGCCUCCCUGGCUUGCCCGGCCCCCCUGGACUUCCUGGAAUGAAAGGUGACAGGGGUGUAGUCGGUGAACCUGGUCCAAAGGGUGAACAGGGCCCCUCUGGUGAAGAAGGUGAAGCAGGAGAAAGGGGUGAAUUUGGAGAUGUAGGAUUACUUGGCCAAAAGGGAGCUGUGGGCAACCCCGGAGAUCCAGGCUUGAGGGGGCCUGAAGGAGUUCGGGGUCUUCCUGGAGUGGAAGGACCAAAAGGACCGCAGGGACCACGAGGCGUGCAGGGAGAACAGGGUGCCACCGGCCUGCCUGGAAUCCAGGGCCCUCCAGGGAGAGCUCCAACAGAUCAGUACAUUAAGCAGGUUUGCAUGAGAGUCAUGCAAGAACAUCUUGCUGAGAUGGCUGCUAGUCUCAAGCGUCCAGACUUAGGAGCUUCCGGCCUCCCUGGGAAGCCGGGAGCCCCUGGACCCCCAGGACCCCCUGGAGAGAAUGGUUUCCCAGGCCAGAUGGGACUUCGUGGCCUCCCAGGCAUUAAAGGCCCUCCUGGUGCUCUUGGUUUGAGGGGACCUAAAGGUGACUUGGGAGAAAGGGGAGAACGUGGCCCUCCAGGAAGAGGCCCCAAAGGUUUGCCCGGAGCUACAGGCCUCCCAGGUGACCCAGGUCUUGCCAGCUAUGGGAGGAACGGCCGGGAUGGCGAGCGAGGCCCUCCAGGGGUGGCAGGAAUUCCUGGUGUGCCCGGCCCCCCUGGACCUGCAGGCCCUGCUGGUUUCUGUGAGCCAGCCUCCUGCACAGUGCAGGCUGGGCAGCGAGCCUUUAGCAAAGGGCCAGAUCCGUGAAAGGCUGAGUGCUGCUUGGCUGUCCACAUGAACCACGGCUGGCAAAAGAGCUUGGAGGGGAAACACUACCCAAAACCUGGGCAAGACAGGACAGCACAUUACCUUCAAUGUUAUUACAGAAGUCCUACUUGAUGAUCAGAUUUAAAACAAUGGUGCUAUUCAAUAAAUCCUCUUUCCUUUCCCUUGGAGGGGAGACAGCAGAGUCAUCAGUUAAAAAACAAAACAAAAAACAAAAACGAAAAACCUCCCUUUAAAUAAAUUUAUUAUCCUGUUCCCAGGAUCUUGAACUUUAGUGUGUUAUACAUAUGUGACAUAUUGUGGGCCACUGUGCCAAUAAACAAAAACAACUGUUUGGUGUACCUCAGUUGCAGUAGUUAUUUUCAUUUUUUUAUUUAGAUGUUGCUCUCAGAUUAUUGUUUAGCUACAUAGAGGAUUACAGACUAAUUAUGAAGAAACCCCACUACAGUCAAUAGAACUGGUGCUUAAAAUCCCCAUCGAUGUGCUCUCUUGGGAGUGGCAAGAAAGCUCUGUGCCACGGCGAAUGAUCAAAUGAUAUCCUUACAGCACAUGUUGGGUUUCACAGUCAGCCUGAAUUUUUGUUGAACUGUACUGUAUCCCAAACCUAUUAACAUUUUGAGUUCUUCUAUGUAAUAGCAAAGAAGGAAUUUUAAUAUCCUGCCAUUCGUAAGAUCUGUUGAUGAGAUUAUUUAUUUUAAAAGUUUGAGGUAACAUCUCUGGUUGUACCAAAGAAGAAAUAAAUAUGGUUUCUUAA